CCGCAGAGCUGCGUGUGAAACGCUACAAAACAAGGCUACAGUCGGCUGCAACGCUUCUUCAUUAGACGUCAGUACACCAACCAUAAAGUGACAAGCGUUCGGUCCAGUCCAGUUUCAUGGUUGACUUUGGAAAAUAUCUGACAUCUUUAUUAAGACGGAGAAAAAUGAAGACAGUUUGUUUUGUGCUUCUUUUCGUAUCUGUUGUGUUUGCUGAUACAGAUGAGCUGAAGUCAGUAAAGGAGGGAGAUUCUGUCACUCUACACAUUGAUGUUAACAAACAACUGAAUGAUUUGAUACUGUGGUUUUUUAACAACACCCGCAUAGCUCUGAACAAUGGAGAGCGUGAUAAGAGUUGUGUGUAUGAUGGAGCUGAUGGGAUGUUCAGAGGCAGACUGGAGUUGGACUAUGAGACUGGAUCUCUGACCAUCACAAACAUCACAACUGAACACACUGGACGUUAUGAAGCAAACAUCAUCAGAGGCAACAGCACAGGAACCAGCAAACCUCUGAACAGAACACGCAAGUGUGACAGCACAAAAAUCAACAGUAAAAGCAGCAACAGUGGCGACACCAUAAAAACAUUCAAUGUGAAUGUGAAUGCUGUUCCAGGUUCAGGUCUGUCUUCAGCUGCUGUAGCAGGAAUUGUUGUUGGUGUUCUUCUGGUGGCUGCUGCUGCUGUUGGUGUGAUUUACUAUCGCGACAGGAAAUCCAGAAAUGGAGGCAGGAGGAACAACGAAGAGGUUCUGCAAGAAGUUGAAGAAAGAUAUGCAGAAGAUCCCAAAUGCAGCUACAAUCAACAGAGAUCCAACAACAGCAGCAGAAAUCAACACUAUCAGAGAGACUGGAGGAUGAGAAGAAGACUGUGCUGCAACGUCUAA